AUGUCAAGCGAUAAAAAUAUUAACACAUCAAAGCGUAAACAACCGACAGCGGUACCCGUUUCGGUUAAAGUUAAUGCUUUAAAAGAAUUAAGUAAUGGGAUCCCAAAAAAUGUUAUUGCUAAUAACCUUAAUGUAACCACGCAAACAGUUAAUAAGUGGGAAAAAAAUAAACAAAAGUUUGAUAAUUUAGUGCAGGAAUAUGGUGAUGAAUUACCAGAAGUUAAAAAAAUGCGAAAAAUAGAUAAUGAAUAUGUUGACAUGGCCACUUGGUUUUGGUUUAAAGAAAAACGAGCUGCUGGGGUUCCAGUUCAGGGUACUCAUGUACAACUUCAAGCCAAAAUCUUUCAUCAAAAAAUGGGUGGUAAGAAUAAAUUUUUGGCAAGUAAUGGCUGGCUUUAUAAAUGGCAGCAAAGACACCAGAUUCGUAACAAAAAAAUCUGCGGAGAAAAACUGUCAGCGGAUGCCGUUGCUGCCGAUAAAUACAAAUCUGAGUUUAAAGAUUAUGUUACAGAGGAGGGCCUGUCAUUAGAUGAAGUAUUUAAUUGUGAUGAAAGUCCUAUAAAGGAGGUUAUUUUUUGGAUUGCUGAUGCAUGGAACAAAGUGUUGCCAAAUACAAUCAGGAAAUCAUGGAUGACGUUGUGGCCAUUAAAUUCUAUUUCUCAACCUGAGGGGACUCCGUCAUCUGAUGAAUCAAGAGGUGCUGCAAGUGGUACUGAGAUAUUAGAUGAAUUUUGUGAUGUCAUGAGAAAUCGUGGAAAUUUACCGAAUGUGCAAAUAGAUGAUGUAAGGAGUUGGUUCCAUUCUCAGAACACACUUAGCCCGAAUGAUAUUCUGACUGAUGAAGAGAUUAUUGAUAUAAUUAAUGAAGAUAGAAAUCUAGAAAAUGUUGAGAAUAUUAAUGUUGAAAACAUUGCAACUAGUGAUAGCUGCGAUAUUUAUAAUGAAUGUAUUAAUUUAAUUAUAUCAAAAGUUUCAACUACGGAAGCCAUACAGGCUGUUGAAACCUUGAUAAGAUACUGUGAUCAGAAUGGCAAUACGACUAGUCAAUUAAUCACCUUAUUUGAAUUAAGAGAAUUUUUAAAAUCUCAGGCUGAAAACUUUGCCUUUGACAAUUUAUCUCUUAAUUAG